GAAAUUAUUACUAUUAUUCAAGGUGAAAUUUGGGCCGGCGUUGAUAUCCAUAAGGAAGAGGUCGGUGACAAUCUUGCUGCCUGUAUCUGGGAGCCAAGCGUAGUGAAAAAAAACGCCAUUAUCGCCGCCACAGAAGCUGUGUGUCUUGUGCUGUCGAUAGACCAAACUGUGAAGAAUGUGCGAACACCAUCAGGAGGACAGAUGCCAGGGUUGCCGGGAGGAAUGUAA